AUGCCUCGUAGACCUACUCCGACACUGAGGAUGGCUCCAUUACUCGCCAAAGUCAUGUGGCUCCAUCAUGUCACAGACAUGUACAAUCUGUAUACUCCCAUGUACUUCCAUCAUAUCGCAGCGUCAUGUAUCAUGAUGGUGGGUGUGGUUAAACCAGCAAUCCUCUGUGUCGUGUGUAUAGUAUCAUUCUUCAUUCAUGUGCUUCCAAUUAUAUAUCACCAAAUCCCUAACGUAUUUUGGCUAUUGACAUCAUCGUUGGCACUCGUUUACUUUAUGAGCACGGACAGGAUAAUGCCUCGUAGGCGCAUAUCGACCUUUAAGAACACUCCGAUAUGGGCUAAAGGCAUGUGGCUUCAUCAUGUGACGCACACGGUCUUCUACAUUGUCGAAAUAUAUGUCACGGACAUGUACAAUCUGUAUACACCCAUGUACAUCCAUCAUAUCGCAGCGUCGUGUCUCAUGAUGUUGAGUAUGAUUGAGCCUGGAAUACUCUCUGCCGUAUAUGUAAUCCCGUUUUGUUUCCAUGGUGUAUUUUGGGCUCGAGGGGCUAGUGAGUUGGAUAUACUGACGAUAUACAACUACUCGCUGGUGAUUGCUAGUAUAUUGAUACUAUAUGAUUCAGCUAAAACGAGGGUGAUUACGCCUAUUGUACCUGCUAUGGGUAUAGCACUCAGUUGUGUCAAUGCCUAUAUCUAUUGCUGUUACUAUCAAGGAACAUACUGCCCGGCUUCUAUACUGCCAUCAGACCGUCAAACUGAACUCAUUAUUGGACUGGUAUUCUGGUUCUGCUUUUUGGUUAUGGUAUGCACAUAUAUUGGCAUCAAGCAUCGCAAGGCAUCAUUGGAAAUGCAGCAACACGGGUACGAGCCUUCUGUACACAUCACUAAAAUGUGGCGGCUUGACGCACCGUCAUCUAAUCGACUUCGUCGAGACACGAUGGGCAACAUAUUUGCAGAUCAUCAGUCACGGCCCCACUCAGAAUAA